GAUCGAUGGAGAUAAAUUUCGAUACAAGUGAUAAGAUUUGUCGUGUUUAAAUUGUAACGACGGUCAUUGUGCUUCAGUCGUGGACAAACAGUUGACUCGAAAUAAGUGAAUAUAGACGUAUUUUAAAAACAACAACAAAAUGUGUUGCGUGUGUAGUUUGAUCUGCAAGAUCCUGAGUUUGAUAGUGUCCUUGCUGUUCAUCGUGGCAGUGGUACUCCUCAUCCUGUGGGCCACUGGAACCAUCUUCGGAAAAGAUGACCCCGCUACCACCGAAGAAACCACCAACCAACUCCGACAAUUGAUGUACAGCAGUCAUCCAAAACUAGUAUAGUUAUUAUCGACCUUCUUCCCUGAUCACACGAACUAUUUUCCUAUUUCAACCAAUUACUAUAUCAAACAAUGCUAUAAAUAUAUUCUAAGCUUUUGCAAACAAACACACUUUCAUUCCUUCUCAACUUCUAGAUAAUUAUAAGUGUAAAUAUAAGCAUAAAAUAUCUUAGCUUUUAAGUUAUUUUUAUAUUUUAUUAUUUAUUAUAAUCAUCAUCGCUAGUUAAAAAUAUAUUUUAUAUAUAUUUUGUAGCUAGCGUUUAUUUUUAUAUAAGUAUUUUAAAGGUGAAUUUUAUAUUUUUUGGGAAAAUCUGAAAACCUCAGUACUUUCAUAAUGUGUAUAACUUUAUAGCCGUAAAUUCGUUGACAUGGCUGUUCACUGAAGUUUGUAUGUUCACCUUCACCUACGCAGCGAUGUUUUAUACCUUGGCUGGUGGAUUUGUAAAGAACUUUAUUCAAAUACCAAUAAACCUGCGUGUAUUCGACGGGGGGCAACGACCCUUUGAAUACAAAAAUCGCUUUAUAUCAGCCACCUAAGUAAAACGGUCGCUGUGUCAUUGUGUGUGCUUUUAUACGUCAAAAUAAUGACUCAAUAAAAAGUACAAAUUAAUAUAAUGUUUGUCUAUUAUUUCCAUUUUUUAAACAUAAACAAUAAUUUUGUUAUGACAAAUAAUAAAAGUCUGACACUGUCAUCUGAAGAAUGUGUCAUUAACUAAUUUUAUGUUAUUUUAAAAUAUUAAAAUUCGUGUAACAAACAAUUAUUUAAUAAUAAUUUUAUUAGUAAAAAAACAGUAUAUGAAACCUGCAACGAAGAAUCAAUGCCUUUAUGAAAAUAGGUAAAUACGAAAAUGUGGUAGGUAAUCGAAGGUUUCAAAUAAUUUUUUUUCUUAAACCUUAUUAUAUUGCAAUGAUAAAAUACAGAGCAUCCAUAUUCCAAGACGACGAACAAUCUUAGGUCAACGAACUCAGAUAUUUGUGAACCCACAUCAGUAGACCGACCCUUUAUUUGGAGUUGAAACAUAUAAUAGAUGCGAUUCCAUUCAAUACAAGUACAAGACAAGUACAGUAGCAGCUUCUUUAUGCUGUACAAAAUAGUUUCUACCCAUCUACACUUCAAGGCGGGAAACGAAGCUAACAGUAAUUAUUCUAGGAAAUAUAAAACACUAGUAGACCAUGUUUAUAGCAAGUCUUUAAAUAAAUAAUAUGUAAACAAUAGCCAACUACCAUGUACUAUUCUAUUUUGAAGUUUUAUGAGUUAGAAAUCAUUCUUUACGUUGCGUGGUGCGUCUACAUAUCAAAUUAUACUAGCGGAUAUUGUUAGAAGUUUCGUACUUAUUACUCAGUGCAAAAAUAGUUUCACGGCAACUGUUCUUGAGACAUUUUUCAAAACAUUUAAAGUAAACUUAAACAGAUUAGCAUAUUUAUGCUCAUGCAAACUGAACGGUAAGGUUUGUAUACAAAAAAAUGUACCUACUUAUAUAAAAAAAUAUUGCUAUUGGAAUUUAACGCGCAACAUUCUUCACCUUUUUUGUGAGGGGAAAAUCAUCAAGUCUUCUCUCGCCCAGGGUCGGGCGGUAGGGAGUGUCAGAAUCUUACUGACUAAAAACUCCCCCGUUCCUUCUCCUGCUCUGAGC